CUGAUACUCAAUCCAAUAUGGCGGACACGUGUACAAAUUAUUCGCUUGAAAUCACUAUGUAUUUGCGGGGAGAAUGUCUCGCAAAUGGUCAGGAAUUUUUAGUUUGAUAACUCAUGAAUGUUCUGGAAGACGUCGAAGUCGUUUUAUAACAUUUCCGUUCGCAACUACGAGCUUGAAGAUCUUACGUAAGCUUGUACAAGCUCACAUGGAUACCCGGCAUGCAUAUUAAGCUUGUAAACUUUGCUUUCUGUAGAUAUAUUUUAUAACGGAUAGACUUCGGUGAUAUUUUUGAAGCUUACACACAUGCUUAGGUUGUUAAUGUCGAAAGGUAAAGCCGUAAAGCGCCUUGAUGCCUUGGCUAACUGCCUCAGAGUUCCCCUGAGACCACUGUCGUCAGGUAUGAUAAAUGCAUAAUUAAUAUAUGAAAAUAAUUUUAUGUAUUGAUCAAAUCGAAGCUUCACUAUUCCCCGGGCAUACUCCAGGUAUUUGAUCCCUUUCCAUUUAUAGAGGGGAGGAGGGUAGAAUUUGAUACCAUACCGUAAAAUUCCUAAAAUAAGCCCCUCAAAAUAUAAGCCCCCCAAACCGGUAACGCAAAAAACCCUCCGUCAAAUCGCUCCUCCGAAGAUAAGCCCCCCGGGGGUUUGUACUUGGAAAAUUGCCCUGAAAUACAAAGUAAAACAAAGCAGAAACAGUAAAUUAACCUCCAACUAUAAGGCUAGACCAAUCGAUUUUGAGAUGCAAAUGUCCCUCCGUAGAUAAGCCCCUCCUAAUAUAAGCCCGUCCCAAAAAUAAGCCCCUCUAAAAGGGCCUUUGAAAAAUAUAAGCCCUGGGGCUUAUUUUCGGAAUUUUACGGUAUUUAUUUGAAUAAGUGCCCAACCUUGAAAAUUGAAUUAGCACCCACCUCAAAUAAGUGCCCAGCCUCGAAUAAGUGCCCACCCUAUUCCACCCCCCCACUCCCUCCCACUCAAACUCAAAUAAGCAAUUGGCAAAUUUUAUUUAUUUUUUUUAAAUAACUGGUUACGUCAGUUUGCCAUGAGAAUUUUGCAAUAAAUUUAUUCACCUGCGACUGGGGGAUCUUCACUUAAUCCAUGAAGACCCUCAGUGGUACCAGGGGAUUUGCAUUGGCAGGUCUGAAUUAAUGUAGAUGCUGUUCAUUACUUAUUAAAUUUUGCUUCUUUGGUACAGAGACAGAUGAAUUUUCAUUAUGAUAAUUCCAGAAACAGUCAUAGUGUUCACAGUUUUCUUUUAGAAUAACUCUAAUAUUGACUGAUGCAGCCUUAAAAAAUAUUAAUCGAUGUUACAUCUUUAUAGGCAACCAUUUUGGUUUGUUUUGAUUGAGCAUAAGAAAUGUCAUUGUUUAUUGAAACAGAUAGCAGUGUUAGCAUUGGAGAUGUGAGUAUCAAACUGAAGAAACCCUCAUCUCCUGAACUGGUCCCAGUUAAAUAUGGUGAGUAACAAGUGAUAUAUUUUCUUUAAAACAGUCCUGAAAGACUGAUAUUUAGUCAAGGUACCUUCAAGUUGUAUGUCACCUUUCUUAGAUCCACAGAUAGUCCAAGCACAGAAGUCACAGUACAUUGUAUGAGAAUCAAAAAUAGUAAUUAUAAAAAUAUGGUGUACUUUUUUGUGAGGGAGGGGGUGAGGAGGGACAUUUCAAAGUGAUUCCAGCAAGUUUUAGUCAUGCUUUUGCCCCCUCUAUUAAUAAAAUGUAACUUUUUAUAUAAUAGAAGGACUAAUGUAUAAGUACAUUGUACAUGACUAAAACUCACUGGAAUUGCUCCAAAAUGGCUCAAAAUGCCAAAAUAGCAUGCAGUAGAUAAAACAUGAAGACAAAGUAAGGAAGUUUGCUGUAUUUUUAUUGCUUAUUUUCACUCCUAAAUACUGAUCCCUAAAAUAAUUGAACUCUUCACAAAAUAUGAUUCAAACUCUUACAGCUCCCUUUGCUUAACAUGCAUACAUGAGCCUAUCUGAAAAUUAGGAGAAUUUAGCAGUUCAUUAGAGGUCGGAUGAAACUGUUUCGCAGUAGAUGACUGGACAAUGACUGGACUGGAUUGGUUCAAUUCUUUAAUCAUGGUUAACUGGUUAGGGAUAGCAUUACAGGGGUUAAUCCAAUACGGUCUGAUCGAGAUUUUGUUACUCUUAUUCCAGACACCUUUUUAACUCUCACACAGGAUGCAACACAAUAUUGUCUUAGCACCCAAUAUUUCUUCUUUCUCUCUUUUUUUUAAGCAAGUGGAGAGUUUCCUCAGUAUGUUCUAAAAAAUUUGAGAUGGAUCAUGCAAAAGGUAUAUUAAUAACUAUUAAUAAUAAAUAAUUAAUUAUUAGUAAUUAAUAAUAUUAAUAAUUAUUAUACCAUGAAUAUUGUCAGUGCUUGUUGUAUUAAGAUAUGAUAUUAUUGUGCAGUGGAAGGCUUUGUUAGUCUCCUAUGGACCCAUUUUUGUCUCAUCAAGAAAAGCUCUUGCUUGUAGAGGCAAAAAAUGGCUGCAUGAAAUAGUAGUUUAUAUCAUUUGUUAAUGCACAUUCUUUUAAAACAGGACAAACUGGGUCAGGAUGUGUUUCUCAUUGGAUCUCCAGGACCAUCCAGGAGACUACUGGCCAUGCAGUACCUGGUAAAUCUAAUGAUUAAUAAAUUUUUAAAUAUAUUAUAGUAUAAUAAUAUUUGUUUCUUCCAGGAAAUACAUGCUCUCUGAUUGGUCUGAUAAAUUUACAUGUCACUGAUCAUUUUUGUUUAUAGUAUCCUGUUUGUUCACAUCAUUAAAUCAUUAAGAGAUACAUACUGGUAUCCAAUAUUAUUGAAAAUACCAGCCUAUAUAUUCCAAGCCUUCCUCACAAAUAAUUCAAGCCUCUCCAAAAACCUUUUGAAAUAAUUUAAGGCUGAGGCUAAUAAUAAUAAUAAUAAUAAUAAUAAUAAUAAUAAUAAUAAUAAUAAUAAUAAUAAUAAUAAUAAUAAUAUAAUCUAUAUAGCACUAUCUACAUUAUAUGCAGAUCAAUAGUGCUUUACAGAAUAAAGAUGUACAGAUGUAUAUUACAAACAUUAUUAAAUAGGAAAUAAUUUUUAAAAUGUAGACCAAAACAAAAUUUUGGCUGAUCAGCAUCAACAAAUGCUUUGAACUACUUUGAAGUGAGCUAAGUGCAUUAUUUUGAUUGACAAUUUCUGGUCUGUGAAAAUUUGAGGUUUAAAAUAAUUUAUUCAUCCUUUUCAGGAACUGACCAAGCGUGAGAUUGAAUACAUUGCAUUGUCACGUGACACAACAGAGUCAGAUCUCAAACAGAGGAGAGAAAUCUCAUCAGGCACUGCAUAUUAUGUUGAUCAGUGUGCUGUGCGUGCAGCUACCAAAGGACGAGUGCUCUUGCUUGAGGGAAUUGAAAAAGCUGAACGAAAUGUACUACCAGUGUUAAACAACCUUCUUGAAAACCGGUUAGUAAGAUCUGGAAUUUACUUCAUGAUAUUAAUCUUCAUAUUUUGAUUGUUAUUGUUCUUCUUGAGAAAAGCUUUUGCUGAAAAGGUUUUUAUUGGGUAUCCAUAUGUUCGCUUGACUUACUUCCUACUGUACUUCUUCAAGGGAGAUGCAAUUAGAGGAUGGAAGAUUCCUGAUGGCAGCUGAAAGAUAUGAUUCUCUUUUAAAAGUAAGGCCACUGCUGACUUUGAGUGAAUUUUACUUCUACGGACUAAGUAACAUCUUCAUCUACAUCUAUGUGAAUUGCAGUAUCCCUAAGGGGACAUGUCGCAAGUUUACAAAAAAAUAAAUCAAUAAAUGAAUCAAUAAAUAAUCAAUCAAAAACACAAGGCUCUACAUCAAUGUAACAAUUCACAUAUUGAUAGCUAGGGCCAGAGAUGAUUUUAACAACUGUUUUGUCUAUGUCUUUAAUCCACAUUUCUAGAAAUUUCAUAAUAUAUUAUAGUAAGUGGGUCUUCGUACAAAUAUCAACAAUAAGUAAACAAUUGUUCACUUCAUUUUUGGUGAUGGGGUAUCUGAUCAGGGAUCUUAACACCUUUCCUUUAUAAAAGAUCAAGUUUUGAUAAUUAAGACUUGAUCUUGAACUUUAUUAUUAUUCUUUAAUACUGUUCCAUUCGAAGUCGAGCCAAGUAUAGUCCUGAGCAUUGCUUAUGGGUUUGAAAUUAAUGAUAUGUUCACACACAUGCCACGUUGUUAAACUAGUUAUUAGAUAAUGAUUAUAUAAUAUCUCUCCCCGUUUCUUCUGCCCUCUUGAGAAUUCUUAUGAUGGCGAAUACAGGAGAUUUCAUUUUUUGAUCUCUUUCCAGGAACAUUCUGAAGAAGAGUUGAAAGCAUGGAAGCUUGUGCGUGUGAGUGAAGACUUCAGAGUGAUUGCUCUUGGGUUACCUGUGCCUCGUUACCAUGGAAACCCUUUAGAUCCCCCUUUGCGAUCACGUUUUCAAGCAAGAGACAUUCAUCUGUUACCUUUUAAGGUAAGAGUUGAAAAUACUUAGUCAAAUGCAUGUUAUGUUCGUCUUUGAAUUCUAAUGUAUUAUUCAUCCCUAAGCCCAAAUAAAGGUGAUAUCUUUAAUUUGUUUUAUUUCCCCUUGGUUCCAAGUAUACAUUUUAACAUAUCAAAACUGGUCUAUUUAUAUCUGUAGCAGUUGUCCUGUACAUCCCUGGAAUACAUAGAUCUAUAUUAAUGUUUUGAACUUUUUUUUUCUUAUAGGACCAGCUUGCUGUCCUGCAAUCAUCUUGCCCCCAUUUACCACAAGAAAGGUUUGCAAUAAACUUUCAAAAUACUGUGGAGCCUCUUGUAAGUAACCAUACAAUUGCAAAAACUCAGUGGCCACUUUCAAGUAUCGAAAAACAGGGGAUCUAUUCCAGGAAGAGGUCCAACCACAACCACUUUUUUGUGUUCUUCACACAUUCUGAGUAGUGAAGUUCAUAAAGCAAACACAGAGAUCAGACUAUGAGUCAAGUGGUUGCAUACACUCUUUAAGAGGUUAAAAACAUUGGAAAAUUAUGAAACCAUCUCCCAAAAAGUGGUUGGGUCACUUUCAAGACGAGGUCGUUUACCAGUGGUUCCAACAGGAUUUACUUACGUGUUAUUUAAUGACCAGUGAUAGGUAAUAUACAGGUAUCUUACCAUCCAAAUUUUUUAAUACUGAUUAAUCAUCCAAGUCAUGCUGCAUAAUUUUGCACAUCAUCAUCAUCACUACCACCACAACCAUCCUGUUAACCAUCAUCAUCAUCAUCAUCAUAUAAAUUAUCAUCAUCAUCCUCAUCAUAGCCAUCAUGUCAUUGAUUGUAAGAGGACCCCAAGGAUCUCUAAGCAUUCAGCUCAGUCCUGGGUGGCGGAGUGGCGGAGUGUUGCUUGUUUUCUCAGGCUAGAUGAUCCUCAACUCUUUCGUUAUCUAAGGUUAUGUUUGUAAUUUCCAUGUAAAUUUUGCGUCUGUAGGUUAGCACAAGUUGCCUCCUUUGCACACACCUUACAAUCAACAGAGCUGGCUUCUGUUGGACUUCCAGAUUUUCCAAUUCACAAUCUUGUAAAUAUUGUAAGAAUAAUGGUAAGUUUACUUCUGUUUUUUAAUUUUUUGUACAAAUGAUAACUGAAAAUAUUUCAAGAUAGAAAACACUUCAAAAUUUGUACAUGAGAUAUUAAACCUGGUUGCUUUGCUUCUUGAUUCCAUAAUAGCUUCAGAUAAAGCAAUGAAUUGCUUGCAUACUUACCCCUAGUUUUUUGCAGGACAUAAAUCCAAAACAUUCGUUGGAAGAACUCAUUCACAGACUAUAUCCUCAUGAACUUAUACUUGGAGAUGAUGGGCAAAAAGUUGUCCAGGAUGCACUCAAGGUGAAAACUGUUGUUAUUAUUUUUACAAGCUUAUAACAUAAAUUAAUAGUUUUGCUAGCGCUGUGCUAGGAUAUGUUAUGGAGCCUACUUUAUAGUAAAGAGAUGAUGACAAACUUAAAGUUCCAAGAGUGAUCAACAUCAGUUUUUUCCAAGUUUUUUUACAAGAGGGUUCACUAAGAAUCCAUCACUACCAUGCCUACUAUAGGAGCAGACUCGCCUUGCUGGACUUUUCUGAUUUAAAGUGAAAUUCUCUUUACAGAUUGACUGGUCUGGCCAGUGAAUCAUGGCCAAUGGUAAGCACUCAUUUGCCAGAACUUAGUGGCCAGACCAGUCUAGUUGUAAGGAGAGUUCCACUGUUGAUCAGGACUAUUCAGCUACAUGUAGAUGACUUUAUUCCUAAAUGGUGUGCACAGUAUUAAUGGCUUUUAGUAAAAACUUUAGAGAACACUUCUAAUAUUUCAUUUUCAAAAUGACCAGUCUGGCCAGCCAGUUCUGACUUUUGGAAUAAGUGCUCUUAGAGUACACAAUUAACCUUCUAUAUUCCCCUCUUACUUUCUUUUGCAGACAUUUAAUCUCAAUGAUAGAAGCAACAAACCUUUGUUGACAUCAGUUAAUUCAAUCGAAAAAUUUACUGCGGAUUCUUCAGUGCCUAUGGCAUCCGUGGAAAUCAAAACAAAGAAGUGGAACUCUGUAUUUCAGACUCCUGCUGGUAGUGAGGCAAACUAUAUAAAGAAGAACAGAUCUGAUGAACUAAAGGUGAUACAACUGUUGAUAAUGAAAUGCUAUCAUGAUAUUUGUUUUCUGGAAUAUAAUGUGGAGUAACAUUUUGGUAGUAAAACAUGAAGCUUUUGCUAAAUGAACAAAGAAAGUAAAGAACGCCAACCCUGUUUUGCACAUUGUUUUACUCAGAGAAAAAAGUGAAAACUGGCAAAAAAUACUGGGCAAUGUUUACCAGGUUUAACAAGCCUGUGUGCAAGAAAUCAGCGGGCAUGGUUUCACUUGUUUUGCUAUAUCGAAAGGGGAAAAAAUCUUACUAUAAAGUGUCACAAAGAUUUAUAUCAUGUUACAGUACUUACAUACAUUAUUAAAACCUGUUUAACAAUGCCAAGAAAAAUAAAACAAGAAGAAGAAAUGUUAACAAAAAGAUAGUUUCUCAUGCAUAUUUAUAUUGUGUUUUAAUUUUGCAGUUUGUUAUGACAGAAUCUCAUUCCAAGGUGUUGGCAGACAUGUUGGAGUCACAUUCAGUUCAUGAUUUCUGUCUAGUGGGACCCAAAGUAAGAAAGAUGAAUAAUUUAAAAUUUAUUUACUUCUGUUAAUUUUUUUUUCAUUUAUAGUUACUUAACAUAGAAUGCUCUAGCUGUCUUAUUAGCCUUUUAAGUCCCAAGAGUGGCCAACAUCAAUUUUCUCCUAACAAUGUUCAUACAUAAUCAAGUGGAAAGGUUACAAGGAUUAAUAUGAUGAUCACGGAAGGGGAAAUAUAAUGCUUUGAUCUUUUAACAAAAUACUCUCAAUUAAUUUAUCAAGGAAUAAAUGGACAUCAGUCUCAAGCUCUUGUAUGUGGAUAAUGGGGCAGAAAGAGUUAAUUUUCACUUGAUAUGAUUUCCUGUCAAGUGACACAGUUGAUUGAUCAUGAUUUCUGACACUAGAUAUGAGACUUUGCUUUAUAUGAGACUUUGCUUUAUAUUAUGUAAGAAGGCCAAGUAGGAGAGGGCCCUGGGAACAAGGUGACCGAAAACUGGGUAGAAAUAUUAGCCUGAUUUUCAGACACUCCCAGUCGAUGGUAGCCAUGCGAGUGCGUGACCACAAGUGAGAGUGUGUAUGACCAAGAGUAACCAUGAGCAUCCACUCAAGUGCAUGGCUAUGGGCACCCUAGAUCAUCUGAGAAUCAGGCUGGGGGGAAAUACCACUGAUUUUUAUUUUGUUGAUCAUGCGCUCGUUGACUUUAUGUGGAGAUGACUGGUUACGUUAAUUUACCUUUUAGGGUUGUGGUAAAAGUGUACUGGUGCAGCAGUUUGCUGAUUUUCUGGGUUACAACAUUGAACCUGUGGUCCUCUUUCAGGUAUAUCAGUACUUAAGUUUGAUGCGUGUGCAAGGUUGUUGUUGUUGUUGUUUUUUUUUAUGUUCCGGUUAAUAUAAUUGGCUGCCAUCUUGGUCGCCUGAACUUUCAAUUACAUUUGCCACACUUAAGAAAUAAGAACACUCACUAGAAGGAAACUGGACCAAUGUAACGUUUGCAAAGACUUCUGGGAUUGUUACUGGGACAGGGUGAAAAAAUUAGUCAAUAGCUGACUGGCGCAUCCCUAGUUACUAUCCCAGAGGUCUUUGCGAAAGAUAACUCAACCCAGUCUCCACGAUUCUAAAGUAGCGAAUUACCAAGAAGUCAACAGGGGUCGUACAGGUCAUGGAAUUUAAGGAUUUAAUUGUCAGUCCUUGAAAGUCAUGGAAAAUUGAAGUUUGGUUUGGUGGAUUAGUUACUGCAGAUGACAAAGCAAGGAUAACGUAGGAUAAAGAGGAGUAAUUAAACAGGGCGAACGGCACGCAUUUUGGUGGAUACUAGAGUUUGUUUCUGUUGAACUGUUUAAGCCCGGAAAAAUAGGCUAAAACAAGUUAAGUGUUGAAAAUUUUCGAAAAUGAAAGCUGUAUGUAAACCUAAGGUCAUGGAAAACUAGAAAAAGAUCAUGGAAAAAGUCAUGGAGGGCCACAAGUUUACCAGUUCCUAACUGUAAUGUGUCACCCGCGGUAAAUAAAGUUAUUCAUUCAUUCAUUCUUUCAUUGAUGGAAAGUCAUGAAAUUUUAAAAACUUGAAAGAGUACGGAAUCAAUUCUUUUUUUUCUUCCAAUAAAACAGGACAUGACAGCAAGAGAUCUUCUCCAGCAGCGUAUAACGCUGCCCAGUGGAGACACAAGCUGGCGAUAUUCUCCUCUGGUGAUGGCUGCCCUUGAAGGAAACAUUGCAGAGCUGGACGGAAUUCAUAGGGUAAACCCUGGCACGCUUGCUGUGCUGCAGAGGUAACUUGAGCAAAAGGAGAAAAGUGAUAUCUCCUCAAUGGUACUAAGGGUGCUUUCCAUUUGUCCGAACUGGCCGGCCAGACCAGUCAGUUAGCAAAUGAAAUCAGCUUUUUCCUAGGGGUUUUUCGUGAAAAACCAUCUCCUUCGUGCGUGCUUUUUAGGAUUUGACUACAGGUAACCCAGGCUGACUAUUUGUGUCACGUACGGGUUUCAUAACAUGAGUAAAUGUAGAGAACGUAUGGGGCGAAGUUUAGGUCCGGAAAUGUGCUAGAAAAUGGAAACAAAAAUCGAUGAAACUUACCAUGUGGCGAGUUGUUGUUGUCCUUAAUAUGUACACGAAGUUUCGGGAACAUCAGUCUCCUUCAUCUUUCCUACCUAGUAUACUAUUAAUUAAGAGAUACUGUAACCUCAAGGCUAGUCUACAUUUAGGUAAUGUUACACGGGACGAUUCGCAGCGACGAUUUUUAGUGCAACACAGCAUCACAACAUUUUUGCGACAUUGUUUCGAAUGAUUGUAACAUUUUUCCAACAUUGCAACGCUGUGUUACGCUAAAAAUUGUCCCUGCGGAUCGUCUCUUGUAACAGCAUUAUUUUUUUUAAAGUCCAUUUUACUUACUAGUCACUGAUGUGAAACGUUUUGCCGUUCCACUCCAUAUUAGUGUAAUCAUCUACCGACGGUGUCUUUGUGAUUAUAGAUAACUAGAACCCUUUCGGCUUUCUUUCCUCGUAGGCUCAUCAGUGAGCGAGAACUUUCCUUGUACGAUGGAACAAGGUUAUUGCACCAUGAAAGAUAUCAGAUAAUCAAAGAAGAAAAUAAUUGGACGGAUGAAGAAAUGGCCUCCAGGUAAGCUGGGGAAAGCUUUUAAAAGUCUAGCUAAGUUAUAGCCAUUUAAUUUAAAGGGACUGUUCAUUGGCUAGACAUGAUACAAGGACUGGUAAUUGACAUUAUCAUUCGAUGCAAUUUUUUUCCUUUUCAUUGGCCGAGAGCCCACCAAGUGACCUGCAAAUAACUGCUUACAAAUAAUGGCCUGCUCAUGCGCAAUGUCAUCCAACUCUGUUGGCUGCAAAUAAUAUUCUGCUCAUGCGUGAAUGUUCUCCUCCUUGCGAUCGCUCUUGCGUGAAAAUGGCAGAUCGCUUCGCAAAUGAUUAAAAACAAACUCAGUGAUCGAGUAAUAAGACAAUUAUUGAAUUCGGUUAUCGCAAAAUAUCUUGAUUCGGCUCGCAGAUCAAUUAUUUGUGUCAGCCAAUAAUUGAUCUCCCGCCACUGACAAAUCACGACAUUUUGCUCGUCCAAUAAUUGUUAAAUAAUAUUUCAUUUCACCGUAAGAAACUCUAGAUACUUACUUACUUAUACUUACAAAGUAAAGUUUAAAUGGGGGUAAAACAACCAUAUUUUGCAUCUGUAACUCGUGACAGUAAUUAAACCGACAAACUUGGGGUCUACAGUCCGCUCACUUACCCCCCUCUCUCAAUCAAUGUUCCGUUUUGAGGGGUAUUUAAGGGCCUGUUUACAUAGAGGUGGGGGGCCCCAGGUAGGUGAGGUAACCCGCUUAGGUGGGGUAACCCGCCUGUCCAUAUAAUCUCUCAUAUGGUCACCCCACCUAUCACAUAAACCUAAUGAAAUUAAAAUCAGAGAUGAGUACCACACCUACCUGAAGUCCCUCACUUCCAUGUAAACGGCCCGGAAGCUAGUUAAAGGUACACAGAAAGGAGAAAAGUUAAAGCAAGGAUGAGAUGUCACCAAAGGUCGAACUCUGGACCUCGCGCACCAAAGGCCGGGCACUAACCAACUGUGCCAUCCAUGUUCUUGCAUUUAUGCGAGCCGCUGCGUGUUUUUACUCUUGUAGAGGCAUCUUGUGCAUUCAUCCGUCAUUCCGUAUCAUCGGACUUGCUGAGCCGCCAGUUGUUGGCGGAAGCUCUCAGCAGCAGUGGCUCAACUCCGAGCUGCUGUCCAUGUUUUUGUUCCAUCAUGUGCGACCAUUAUCCAGGCAGGAGGAAGCUCAAGUGAUCUACGAAAUGGUAAACACACUUGAGUCGCUUCAUUGCGCAAAAGUCUGAGGAAACAGCCGACAUUUCGCGACGUCACCAUUGGUUUCCCCGCGAAAUGACGUCUGAGGAACUAGUGCAGAAAUUCCAUACUGAUGACGUGUCACUACCCAGAUCUGACUAGUGCUUAUGAUUGGUUGAGGCAAAUUUCCUCCGUGGCACGACCAAUCAGAAGAAUUUCCCAUUUCUCGGUAGUGACGCGUCAUCAGAUGGAAUUUUUGCAGUCAUUGCUCAGACGUCAUUUCGCGGGGAAACCAGUGGUGGCACCGCGAAAUAUCGUCUGUUUUUUGUAGGUUAUAAUGCUUGUGGUUUUUAUUAAACCCUACGAACUGUUCAUUUUCUGAAAGCUCAGUAGUUCCAAUAUAGUCGAACAUAAUGGCAUAGUAAAAGGCAAAAUCCAAAUAUUGCGAUAAGCGCGAUGAAAGUAUGCCCUGUAAAUAACUUCAUUGUUAAAGCUUAUUCAAAAGAUUUAAAGCACGGCAAAAAGAUCUUGAAACUACACUUGUUCGAUUUUGCAUAAGCAUUUUCUUCAAUUUCUGUUGGAAUCAAUUUCUCUUGGAACGACUGUAAUACACAAGAAAACUGGGAACAAUGGUUAUGCAAACUAUUUUGGGGGCGGGGGGGGAUGUAAACAUGGUGUAUUGUUGGCAAUGUGAAAAUUGUGAAUAGCGUCGUGUUACUCCCAUUGUUCUCUUUGACAUCAGGUUCCAGGUUGUCCCCAUGAUGUCAUGGACAAGUUACUAAACCUUACAGACAAGUUACGAUCGUCCAAAGAUCCCACGGUACGUUGAUGUUUCUUGGUAUUCAGUCUUUUGGGUUUCUCUCCAUCACAUUACACUGAGACCACGUAUGAACGGGUCCGGGCAAAUUUUUGAACGGACGAAUUUUUUAUCUGUGCAACCAGUUUAAUCGCAACCGUGCAAAUUCUGUUACUGUAGUGUUUACACGAGUCCGUACGAAUUUUUGCCAGUAUCAGCAUUAGAAUGGAUUUUUUUUUCACCAAAAGCGCGUAGCCCUGGUCAAAACAUCUUGGGACACUCGAGGAAAUUUGGCGCGAAGGCGCACUUUACUAAAUAACUCAUAUUCUACCUCUCAAAAAAGCUUGGAAAUGUUGUCAUAAGAGCCCAUUUCUACUGUCCCCCUCUUUACCAAGCAGUGUUGAUUGUUUUGAAACAAAACUUGAAUGCAUCAAAUCAACACUUCACCGGUUUUUGUGCUUUCAAAAAUUUGUCCGGACCCGGUCUAGACGGGGUCUAGGACAAACCUACAUUAUGCGGACACACGCGGGACCCUCGCUAGUGUCCGCUUAAUAAAGCUGUCCAAUACAACGUAAAUGAUCUAAUUGGCACCCACUCUGAAAUAAACGCCUCGUCUACGAUGAGCCUUUUUUAAGUAUACGCCUAUCUCUUUUAAACGCCCCCCUGUCUCAUAGAAGCCCCCAUGCCAGUUAUUCUCCAAAAUUCUAGGAAAUAGCAAAAAGGAUCAAGAUCAUUCAAUGUACUGUUUCUUACUUGAUUUUAAAACAAGGGUUUGAGCAUUGCAUCCUGUUUAAUUUUAAUUCAAAGUAAGGAUAGACUGACGAUGACUACCCUAUCUAUUAAACGCCCCCUCAUUGACCCCCUAAAAUUAACUAUUAGGUCAUUUACCGUAUACAGGUUUGUGUUAGCACAGUAAUUUCGAUCCAUAUGAACUCUUGUAUGAUUACUGAUCACUUUCAGGUUUCAUCAAUUGCAUCGUCAUUGUCAACAAGACAGCUUCUUCGUAUCGCUCGUCGCCUGGCUACUUACCAAGCUGAAGAUCUUGAGCAUUCCAUCCAAAAGGCUUGUUUAGCAAGGUACACAGCUUCACUUGCCUCUUCAUAAAAUAGGUCAGCCCGAGAACAGAACCUCGUUUUGUCUCCUUGCGUGAGGAGGUUAAUGGUUGCCAUGAACUGACUAUCGACCAAUCGUACCCAUUCUCCCUAGAGUUUCUGAAGUAUUUUUCCAAUUUUUUUGUGUCUUUAACUUCGGUGGCAAUGGACCUUUUAAGCUUGUAUGUUUUGUUUUCCCAUUACAGACCACAUGAUGGUACCCCAGAGAACUGUUUCUUUCAAAUGUCGUCUUAUUCACGUGUAUCCACGUGCAUGUGUAUGCAUAAUUAAUGAAAAGACAAAGGGCAAAUUCCCUGGAGAACAUCACGUGGUCUGAAUUGGGAAAACAAAGCAUACAAGCUAAAAAGGUCUAUUUGGAGAAAAAUUCAUCACAUGUUAUUUAUGAAAAUCACAGGCUAAGGAUGUUUGUUUUGACAGGUUUUUACCAAGACUUGCUGCCUCCUCGCUAGAGAAGAUUCUGGAUGAAUCUGGAAUACACAUCGACAAAGCCGCUAUCGAACACGAACAACAAGAAAAUAGUGAUUUUACAUGUAAGUCAAGUUCUAACCGCUUUUAAACGCAUUUGAGGAUCUUUCCCCACCUAGGACAGGUUGAACAAAUGACGUUAUCCCAUAGUGCCUCUUAAUUGGCCAAAGUGUGAAAUACCAUAACAUUCUUUACAGUGCUGUUUGGGUGGUGCUUCAUGUCAACCUCACUUUUACAUUUUCUUUUCUUUUUUUUUUCAUUUUACACGAACUGCAUGUGCCGUUCAUACAAAUUUUCUAAAUGCUGAUGCAUUGCACGUGCAAAUCGUGCAAAGCCGAGAUAAGAUAUUGCAAAAGUCGGGUUUAUAUGAAGCACCACCCGGUGGGAAAUUAAAGAAUAUUAUGGUAUUUUAAACUUCACCCAAUGUUCUUCAUUGUUUGUGGGGUAGUACGCGCGUUGGAGAAUCCUCUCCCGUCUGGUGCCGUCAGUCACGCGCGUGUCGGCAUUUUCUUCUCUCGUGCGUUUCGCUCGCACGGGCGAACAAAAAAAAGACUCGGUGUGCUUACCGUUUACACAGACCACCCAGGUGGAAAUCUUGUGCAUAAAAAUAAAACUUUGAUAUUUAACACGGUGGGAGAACGACCCUCUACGAAAUAUAUCCAAACCAGCUAAACAGACUUAAAAUAUGGUAGAAAAAUCGCAUCGCCUCAAAUCACAGCCCAUGUUUUUUGUAGCUUCCCAUACCGAAUGGCGCGAACCAUCUGAUUUUUCAACCGGAAUUUCCGGUUUUUCAUGUUAGAAGUAAGAACUUUCGGUGUCUAGAAAGGUAGUUUCUUAAGGCACUGUCUCGGUGGACCUCAUUGUCCAGUGUUCUAAGGAAUUAUUCCUUUUCGUUUUUUGAUAACUUUUAUUUUCAUCAGGUGAAAUAAAAGAUGGGAAUCUUCAUAUUGGUCGGACAGAAGUACCGGUUUAUAACCCGGAAAACAGAACUAAAGUUCCCGACGUUCUUUUCUAUGAAAAUCACCAGGUAAACGCUUAAUACAGUGUAGUAUAUACUAUACUGUAGUUGGAUGUUACUAGGGAGCUUUAGCAAUGACGACGGCGACGGCAAGGAGAAUAGCAGAAAAGCAAUGGGCUUAGAUUAGCAAAACAACAACUUUGCACUUUGAAGGUUCAUCACGCUUUUAUGUACAUUUCUGUUCCGUUGUUACACGACUACGAGGUGAAACUUCCUAAUUUCGUGUUUUAUGAAGGACGUGAACACGACAAAACGAUUUAUUUAUUUCUUUUUUUGAACUUAGAUACAGUCCUUUAGAAUUCAACACCAGAAAAAUUCGCCAAUAUUUGUCAAAUUGAACGAGAUGGAAUAAAAGCGAAGAAGUUUAAAGCAGCGCGAAUUCACUUUUUGGGUGACGUUUUCCCUGUCAUCGCCGGGACGGCAAUAAUGAGUACAGGGAACAGGAAAAUGAAAAAUGGGAACUGACAAAACAGAGAAUGGGAUGUGAAGUUACUGAUAGGGCUACAGUUUAACUUAGGUUUUGUUCUCAUUUUUCAUUUUCCCAUUACCCGUUCUCGUUCUCCAUUCUUGUUCCCCGUUCCCCGUUUCCCGUGUCGCGUUUUCAGUGUCCCAUUUCCCGUUCCCUGUUCCCCUUCCUCCGUUUCCCGUUCUUCGUUCCCUGUUCCCUGUUCCCUGUUCCACGUUUUAGUAAAAUCUUUCGUAGUUUUAGAAAAUCCGGGUGUUCUUCUUAUUAUCGUGUUGUUGUUUUUUUUGGUUUUGCUCUUCCAGCAUCUUAGUGUCAUGGAAGAUAUGUUGAAGGACUUCAUGCUUGGCGAGCAUUUACUUCUUGUCGGGAACCAGGUAGAGUAAUUAUCAUUUUACCUUUUUUUCAAAUAAUACUUAAACAAGAGUGGAUAAUGGGACAGAGACAAAAUUUGGCCGAGUAAAAUUAAUCGAAAAUGAAGAACUCCUUAUGUUAUGGACGAUAAUGGCAAAUUAUUGGUGGAAGUGAUCAUUGUUACUUUGGAUGCUGUCGCGACCGUAAAUGUCCUCAAAGCGAACAAUAAUGACGUAAAUCUUGUCAAUAGUCGAACUGUAAAUUGUGCAUGACCAGUAAAUCGUCGUCUCGUUUUGAUAGAAUAAACAACUCGACCGCGAUUACUGGUAUUGUCAUGUUUUAUCACUUGUUUGCCCCCAACCCUGAAAUACCACGUGACAUUGCUAUUAUUCCAUGGAUCCUAAAGGGCGUGCAGAGAUAGCAGGUAUCGUGAAUAAGGUCUAUUGAUGUAUCUUUUCAUUCCAGGGUGUUGGAAAAAACAAGAUUGCUGACAGGUUUCUGCACCUUUUAAAUCGCCCAAGGGAAUACAUUCAACUCCACAGGUACAAGGCUGUUUUUAAAAGUUAUACUCGAUGAUGCCCCGCAAACUCUUGUCAAAGUCACAAGAUGUUCUUCCUUUUUGAAGUUAAAUGUGACUGACAAUCGACUAGCUCUUUCGUCACUUCGAAACAGACGGGCAGGAAUAAAACACUUUCAGAACAAGCUAACGUAGAAAACAAAAGUCAGGCCUUUUCAGAAAAGUCCUCCCUAUUGUCAGUUCUUGUCAAAAAAGAAAUGAACUUUUGCCACGAUGUUCAAUGUAGCGCAGUUUACUAUUGAUAAAUUAAUGAGUUAUGAAUGCCUCCUAAUGUGAAUUGGAGAGAGACCACCACUCCUGUGACUACGUCCCCAACUGUUUGUAAACCGUGUGUGGGCUGUUUGACGACUUGCCGAAUUUUUCAGUGAAUAAGAUCGGACGGGGUGUACAUUGUAGCGUCCUUAUGCCAAAAGACUACAAAGUCUGAUCUUUUACGGACGUCACUACGAAGAUAGCACUCUCUCUUCAGUUCAUUUAAGGCCCUGGGUGUUGAAUCGGCCGAGACUUGAACCUGCGGCCUCUUUUUUAGCAGACCGACGCUUAUCCAACAGUUAAGUAUGAUAGUCGGGGUGAAGGUAGUCCUAAAUAGGAGGACUGUUGUUCACACAUCCUCACAACCUGUACGGAAGCCAAGUGGUUAAAAUAAAUAUAGCCCUUAUCUUGCUUCUCCAUUGGGUAGGGCUAGUUUAUCCGUCUCCAGAGAGCUAAGAUCUUGGAUCAUCUGAAAAUAGGAUAUAGCCUUAAAUUUUUAAGCAGAUUGUAUGUUCCUUUCUUAAUACCACAGGGAUACUACAGUCCAGUCCCUCACACUGCAGCCGAACGUUCAAGAUGGAGUCAUAAUUUACGAAGAUUCGCCGCUGGUUAGUUGUAGCAGUACUAAGGACACGAAUGUAUUCAUGCACAAUUCUAAGGACGUAGUCCAUUUAAUUAGCCUGAGAAAAAAGCCGACCUUUCGUGACGCCACCUCUGCUUUCCUGGCGAAAUGACCUCUGAGAAACCAGCGCAGAAAUUCCAUACUGAUGACGCACCACUACCCAGAUCUGGGUAGUGCUUCUGACUGGUCGUUGCUCCAACCAAUCACAAGCGCCACUAGGUUCUGGGUAGUGACACGUCAUUAGUGGAAUUUCUGUAGUCGUUUCUCAGACAUCAUUUGGCGGGAAAAAGAACGGUGUCGUUGGCGGCUGUUUUCUCAGGUUAAUCGAAUUUAUUUCGUUUCGUGUUUUAACUUUUCCAGGUUCGUGCCGUCAAAUUUGGCCAUGUUUUGGUCGUGGACGAGGCAGACAAGGCGCCUACUCACGUGACCUGUAUAUUAAAAUCUUUAGUCGAGAGUGGAGUGAUGGUUCUUGGAGAUGGUAGACGUAUUGUGACAGGUAAUAAAGACAACUGGAUUCGAGGACUAGGACUAGAUUUUACCCAAAGUUUUCUUCGCGUAUUCUAAAAACAAGGCUCCCCGAAAAGCAUAAUUUUACGUGUUGUUUUACCAGAAAUGUUAGCAGGGUCAGUUAUUUUUGUUGAAGGAGGCUAAGCCCUCUUCUGAUCGUAGACUGAUAAAACUUUCUAACAUUUUAUAACUUGUUUCCGUUACUUCUACGUUUUCGCUAAAACCAGUUGUAGAGUGAUGACGGUUAUCGCGUUUUCCCGCCAAAAUGACCCUGGUUCAAGCGCGUUCACUACUUCUAGUAGUCGUCCUUGUCUUAGUUUCUAGAUAUGUAAUGUAACGUCGCAGAUUAGUGAAAUAUCAAUUAAAUUGAAUAAAUUUCUCGGGUAGUUGUAUAACUAAUCGCCCCUAUAUCGAGAGGCUGAAAUUUGACAUGUUUUUACUCUGCAGGAGGUGAAGCAACAACGUUGCCAGAAAAUGCUAUCAGAGCCCACCCUGACUUCCGUAUGAUCGUUCUGGCGAAUCGUCCGGGAUUUCCUUUCUUGGGAAACGACUUUUUUGGAUCCCUUGGUAAGAGUUUUUUCAGUCAAAUAGAAGAUUUAAGUCUUCAACUGUUUUGCAGACUUCUGUCAGGCUCACCUUUUACAUGUGUACCCAGCUUAUGGAGGUGGUAGCGCACAGCACAGCAGGUUUCAAAUUUUAAAAUAAUUGAGGUACCGCGUUUCUCGCCACUUCUCAACGCAAUUUUUAAUACAACUCGCCUUACAAUUUUGUUGCGACACAAGUUGUGGAUACCUGUCUUGUUCCCACGCGUUUUUUUGCUGGCAACAAGUACUUACCUUGAUUUUGAUUGGUUUAUUUUGCCUUUUUCCCUUGAGUGAUGCCGCGUGCCUCAAGUACUUGUCUCGAGUUUUGAAUGGUUUAUUUUCUUCUCUAUGGCGCUCGUGACUGGCCCGGAUGGAAGACGUUGGCCAGAGUAUGAAACGUUACUUAGGGCAACACCGCCUAAACUGAACACGUCUUGCAACGUUUUCGGGGGGCGGGGGAACAAAGUCAUGUGAGCAAGUGGUUUGGAUUUCUUUCCAAUCGCCCAGGUUCGAUAUAUUAAAAUGCUAACAUGACUCCGAGAUCAAAAAGUCAAAACUGAAAAUUUUUAACGACUCCAUUGUCUCGCAAUUCGCAGAGGAGACUUGAGCACAAAGAGAACCAAACAGAAUACAGAAAAAUGACCAGAAAGUCUGGGAGUCAUGUCAGAAUUUUAAAACAUGUAUAUCAAACCUGGGCUGUUGUUCGAGAAAGUGGGCUGAUUCUUCAACCUUCUCGUAUAGCAAAAAUGCAAAACCGAGGAAAAUGCAACAUUACUUGCAGCAGUCGCUUGAAGAUCGCUCUUAGUAUCGUAGCAUAAUACCGUACACACUUUCCUUCUUUCCUUCAUCUCAGGUGAUAUAUUUAGCUGUCAUGCGGUGGAUAACCCUGACUUUGAGUCGGAAAUGGUAAGAGGCUAUUGCUAUUUACCCUUUUAGCCCUAAGAGUGUUCAGCAUGAAAUUUCUCCUUGUUAUAUCAAUGCCCUAUAAAACAGAUGGUGAUGAGAAUUAAGGACAUGAUCACACAAGAUACAAUGAUUUGAUACUUCAACAACUUCUCACUACUACUUUUAUAAGAAACGUAUAGGGACAGCAGAUGGGAAUUUGAAUUUUGGUAUUUGCGCUUUAAGGGUUAAGCACAUAACUCCCUUCAAUGAACAUACCAAAUAAGAAAAUACACUUUGUCCGCUUCAGUAGCACACUGUUCACGCGCUUUUGGGUGAGUGAGGGCAAGACGGAAAUAGACGGUAUUCAGAUACUUAAGGCUAAAUUUGUGUGUACCAGUCCUUAGUCCUGGAGAUAUCUAUGAAUUGGCUGUGUUUGCCUCUUAAAGAACUCCCCUUGUAUCGUUGUUAGCGGAAAAAAAAAGGCAAUACAACAAACACACGAGAAAGAGUGUUUCGGCGUAUGUCAAACACUGAGAAGAGAGUUGGAACAACGUUGCUCAGUAAAGUAUUUCUUAGCGAACUUCGAGGUGCUUUGAUAUUGCGAUAAAACACUGUUUCGAGCGUUUGAUAUUAAUUCUCAAACAAAAUGAUUUUGAAACAGAGAUCAGAUAUCCAAACUUAAUUCAGUGAUUUUAGCACUGUUUAACCAAAGAAAUUUUAAAACAUCCUCCUGUUUCACGUUUUCUCUCCAGUCGAUGUUGCGUCAGUACGGUCCCAGCGUUCCAGAGGAGCUUCUUCAUAAGCUGGUGAAUGCUUUUGGCGAAUUACGAUCCCGAGCGGAUCAGGGGCUCAUCUCCUAUCCUUACUCCACCAGGGAGGUGGUCAGUGUUGUCAAACACUUACAGGUACGGCUACUAUUACCUGUUUUAUUUCCUGGAUCAUUGGGCCCUUGUACUGCUCAGUAACUUAAAUUUAAAUGAGGCUUUUCUUUAGGAUUUCAUCCACAGAAUCAAAAGUCAGAACCGCCUUGUACAGCGUGAUCAACAGUGCCACAGGAAAGUACUGCUUAGUAGCUUCCAUUUGAGUGGUAACACUUCAAUGUUUCAUCCACAGACUCAAAAGUUAGACUUACCUUGUACCGCAUAAUAAACAGUACCACAGGAAAGUACUGCUCAGUAUCUUUUAUAUAAAUCGUCAUACUUUAAGAUCUCAUCCAGACUCAAAAGUUGAAUUAACUUUGUAACGAAAUGAUAAACAUUACCAUCGGAAAGCACUCCUCAGUACCUUUUAUUUGAAUCUGCACACUUAAGGAUUUUCUCCACAAAAAUCUCCAUUUGUGCGUAGGGAAGGUUUAUUUUAAUGUCUAUUUGUAGCGGUGUACCGGCGAACUUAAUAUUUUCGAAAACUACUGUUACGUUAAUCUUAACAAGUAUUGUUUUUGUUUGAAACAAGCCAACCGCAAUGCAAUUUAAUUUUCGUUUGCAGGCUUUUCCCAACGAAGGCUUGGCAAAUGUCGUCCGCAACGUGUUCGAUUUCGAUUCAUACCACCCGGAAGUGAAAGAAGUUGUAACGGAAGUAAUGCAUAAGCACGGGAUCCCUGUGGGAGCUUCUCUGACAAACAUCAACCUUUCCAAAGAGUAAGAAUUGAUGAUCCGAGCGUUAAAAGAAAACCUAAGGAAUAGAUUGAGAGUUGGAUCCCCUUAUGAGUGGUUUUCGAAAAAGUAUCAUAACGUAUAGAUUUAGCCAAGGCCAAAUAAGAAAUAUCUUUCUUAAGUAAGGGAAAGCAAACUGAAUUUCACCUUAUAAACCAAAAACCGUUCAGCGGAUAACUUUAAAAAAUACGUUACCUCAAUGAGUUGAAUACCUGAGCUCACGAUACAGUCAUGUAACACUGGUCAGCGGAUACCUUUUUUGACAGUUGUCAAUUGACCAUAAUAUAGAUGUCCAAUACCAAAUUUAAACAAAAAGAUUAUAUGCCUUGGACUUCUAGCUAGUUAGUGUGCCAUUUCCCAUCCGCUAACAUGGAAAGGUGGACGUGCGUACGGACGAUUUUGUCAGAAAGUAAAAUAGAUGACCAAAUUUUCCUAUCAAUGGUGCUCCGAUGCACGCGCUUCGCGCGCGCGAAAGCUCCGCCAAUAUGGAAAGCUAAGUAGCCACUCGCAAAUCGUAGAUAAUAUGGACCUUAAAAUCCGACAACGGCGACGCCAAUGAAAACUUUGCUGAAAAAUGGACUUCGCUUCCUUUGAAACUUUUUCGCCCCUUUACCAAGUCACCCAGUUACUUGAAAGUAGGGAAGUUAGGUUGGGACUGAAGAGAGGGGACCGCGUCCGAGUUCAGAGAGAGAGAGUAAAAUUCAUCGCCUUGCCGUUCCCGUUCUCAAGUCAACUCAAAAUUUGGACAUUUGUAGUUUCACGUCGUUGUUCUUCAGGGACGGCAAAGAAAUGUAGAAAAAAGCGUGAUUCAGAGUGCUCAUAAAAUCUGUAGCGUUUUAGAUGUUCCCGUUGUCGUCGCCGUCGAUUGAUUAGGUUGAGUUAGCAACAAAACGGGAACGUCUGUUGACGACUGCGCGCGCAAAUCAAACAACUGAAUUGACCAAUGGCAGAGCGGCAAUUGGGUACCGGAAGUCGAGUUUCGUCCUUUCCGGGCGCUUACCCGUCGUCAAAUGACGUUCCCGUUCUGUUGCUAAAUCAGCCAAUUUAGUACACUUACGCAACAGGACGGGAGAGGAAAGAAGACGGCAAACCUUGUGUGACAAGCGUGACAAUAAUUUUGUUUGAAACAACUUUUCGCCAAACUUCACUUUCCUUUAAACAGAUCUUUUUGUAAAGAACCAGAAAACAUUGGUUUAGUUGAAGAUCACGACAAAACACGCAAGUAAUAGCCCUGUCACGUUUUUCAUACACAAGUGUUUUGCCGUCUUCUUCUUUCUGCAGUCCUUUUGCGUUAACUCACUAUUGAUUGUAGUUAACCGCCUUAUCCCAUAACUACCUUAAAAUUUUAUUUACCAAAAAAAUGUUUAACUUUCCAUAUUUUCAAUUCCCCUUUCCUUCAUUUCCAAUCCGGCUCAGGUUCGAACAACAUUCAUUUUCUUAGGACUAAUGUUUUUAAGUAUUCUAAUUUUUCAUUCACUUUCAAACGUUCGCCUUUGAUCCGAGUUGUAAAAGACUUAUUUAAACACAAGUGAAUUUGUAACUGGGUAAGCUUCAGAGGCAGAAAAAGAUAAUCAAAUUGGGGCUAGCUGACCUACUGUACCAAGGGUAGUUUACCUAAUUGUCAAGUUCGUCAUCUGUAUAUAAUUGUAAUUGCGUCGUUAAGGAUUUUGAAUAAAGAAAGAAAACUCUGUUGUCAAUGCCUCUUUUGUGUCCUUUCUCGUGUGUUUACCCUGUAUUCGUUUCUAAGUAGCGCUAUUUACCGACAGUAAGGAUCAAAGGAGGCGUUAACCAACCAGAGUUUCUCUUUCUGUUCGAUGUAAACUUCGGUUAAACAAGGAUCCUUUUCAUGUUGUGUCCAGGUUUCCUCUACCUCCUCCAACCCUGGUCUCUACCUGGCAAAUCCCUGGGGACGAAGAUGGCUUCAAUGCUGGAAUCAACUGCCCUGUUGAGGAAAGAAGACUUAAGAUUAGGGUAUGUUUGGAUUGGUGUCGGAAUUUUUGCCAGACACCGCAUAGGCACGUUUGAAAGAAGUUUUCAAGAGAAGCUACUCUACGAAAUACCGAAGAUUUACUUGUGUGAUUAUUAGCUUCUCACGGAUGUAUUGGUCCUUUGCAGAACUUGGUCAUGGAAUGAACGCUUGGAUGGCUUGCCAUCCAGCGAGCCGUUGCUAACUGGUAUCCAAGCACGUGACCAAGUUCUGUAAAGGGGCCUACUCAGGGGUAAUGCCUUGCAUGUUAACUGGUUAUUUGGUUAAUUUUCGUCUUGCAUAUCACACGUAUCAGUGCCGGAUCCAGACCUUGAGAUAAGGGUGGGAGGAGGGGGUGGGGGGCGGCGAUCAUUCAGACCCUGUGAUAAGGGGGGGAGGGAGGCGGUGUCCAAAAAGGUUUUUCGGCCCUUCGGGCCUCAGUAAGUUUGCUUCACAACCGUUUUUAGUGUCGUCACGCAACGCUCCUCCUGUGGGGAGGAGAGUUGCGUGACGACACUAAAAACGGCUGUGUACCAGACUAGGCUUCAUUUUGGUCUAAAGAUAAUUGGGGGGCGGGCGCCCCUCUCCUGAAUCCGCCACUGCGUAUUUGACACAAAUCCUUGUCAGUGUGACAUUUAGGACACGCAUUGUUUUUAAUAUGCGACUGGAAACGAAACGACUCUUUGAGUUGCAACUGUAACGCAAGUCAUGUGGCGAAUGUGAAGCUUUUUUAACACAGAAUAUUUGGAACGCAAAUGGUUUCACAAAUUUCAGAUUUACUAAUCUGACUUCUUAAAGCUUCCUUAAAGCUCUUGUCUCUUGUAGUUCUUAUUUAGUUUAAAAAUGUGUACUUUCCCAAAACUAGGGAAAAAGUCAUUUUUGCAAGUAUGUAGCUUUCAUUUGUUUUGAUUACCCUUUGCUUCGCAGGGCCCAAUGGCUGUUGCCAUAACUUCCAGGGAAAUUGAGCGAGUCAAUAGUCGUUCGUAUGGUUUCUCAGAACAAGUGGGACACUGGGAUCUACCGAUGCACGAGGGAGGGGUGGUCAUGGACGUCGCUGUUGGGCCUGGUAAGAUGUUUUAAGGGCGCAGGGAUAUGUGGGAAGGGAAUCUUUUGUUCCCAUCAAACAAAGUGCCAUUCUUGGGAUCUCGGGUGUAAGUUUUAAAGUAGACGUGUUGCAGACUUUUCUUCGAGAAAUGACUAUGAGUAAUCUCGAGGAAACGGAAAAUUAAGCUUGGGGUUACCGAGAUAUUUAAACCCUGUACGAGUGAAAUAUUGUCAAUGACAGUAAAUGAGGGCUAGUGGGGAACUUAACCACCAGACGUUCUUGAUUCACGGACGGCAUGGCUGGCGGCGCAGAACUGGAUUGGGGACGCGGUUUACGCGCCAAAUGCAAAUCAUUAAGCACACCAACGUGAAACGAUCACGAACGCCUACAGAAUAAUUCAUUUGAAAAUGUCUUUCAAAGAUUUGUUUCUUUCUUUCGAAGAAAACAUGAUUUCAGGCGAAGAAUUUUUACUUUUGUAUGACGAAUACUCUUUGAAGAACCCAGAAUUUGAACCUCUGGUUUCAGCCUGAGAACUCACGUUUUGAAGUCCGUGACCGCAACUCAAGAACGUCUUGACAUGCUGCAAAAAUACUUCCGGUUGGCGUCCGUGGUACCAAGAACGUCUGGUGCUUAAGUUUCCUAGUGGCAACCGACGACGUGUAUGUUAACUCUCCCUCACUGUCAUAGAACAUUUCUGAAAGCGCCGAACACUCAUUGGGGCUAUGCACAAAGAUAUUGCUGUUUUAUUUCAGUUCUGUUCUGAAGCCAUUAAUCUGUACCUUGAUCCUAAAAUAAAAUACUCUAGCUGUAUAAUUAUAAAUAGGACAUCAAAAAAAAUUCAUCAGGGAGCCGACUAACCAUAAUAAUUUUUUGGUGAUUAUCGCAGACAUGGCCUUAAAACCAUUUUUUCAAGUUUAGAUCUAUGUCCUUUCUUACCAUCCGUAAAAAUAGACGACAGAAAAAAGUUUUAGUGCCCAAAUAUAGUCUUUAAAAGUAAAAGUGGACCAUAAUUUUUGACAUUUAGGUGAUAUUAAGCCACGUUUUAAGUUCUCAGUUAGUGUCCCGACAUAGUUUCUUUAACCACAUUAUACUCGUUUUACCCCUCUAAGACCCUGUUUACAUGGAGUGGGGGACCCCGGUCUAGUGGGGUAAGUUUCUUUUGUUUUGUGUCCCCCAGAGCGUGAAAACAAAAGAAACCAACCCCACUAGACCGGGGUCCCCCACUCCAUGUAAAGAGGCCCUAAGAAACACAUUUUGUUUUGAAUUUGUUUCUAGGGGGAAAUAAGGGAGACUGGGUCCACAUCCUGGCAUUUAACCCAGUCUCACUCUACUCACAACAGACCAAUCAGGAUUCAGUGUUGUGUAUGGACCUGUAUAACCUGUUUCCAAGAUCUUAUUACCCUAAACCCUCCCUCAAAAUGGCUGCUUUAGGAGGGGACCUUCAGGGCCAGGUGCUUAUUCACGAGCAGGACUCUAAUUCACUCUAUCUCUUGAGCCCUUUAAACAAGGAACUUCGUUCUCUGAAUUUUAAGUCCAUUGUUGACAAUACCAAAGAAAAACUAACGCGCCACUUUUCGAUUGAAAAGGGCAAGUUUGUUAUGAGCUCAGAGUUUGCGCACGAAAACAAGAUUGUCGUUUACCAAGAAGACAGUAAUAAAAUGGAUGUAGUGGAUUUAGUGGACGGAACAACACAGCACAUUACCAUGCCAUUUGUUAUCGGAAAGUUUCACCCUUUCUCACGUGACCUGUGGCUCGUCUGUGAGACUGGGACCGACCGGAAGUACCUUCUUACAAAACCAUACCCAGAAGCUCUCGUGCCUUGCGUGCUUCAUCCAGUUACAAGCAAUAACUUGGACGGAGUAGAGAACGAAGACUGGAAGUCGAUAUCGACUCGCAGCUUACCGCCUGGGGCUCUUUCUUCGGCAGUUGGAGAGGAGAAAGGAUCGAAAAGUAAUCGAUUGCUGGUCGGAUCCGAAGACUAUGCUACGAUAGCUGUGACUGAACCUGAUCGGCUCCUUGAGAAGUCACCGGUUAGUUUUUACUCGUUUAAGAAAAAAAAGGAACAAGGAAACACUACUUCACAGUCAGGUGAGUAUUACUAUCAGAAACAACUCGAAAACCUCUGUGGGGUUGGGGGGAAGAGAAGAGGUACGAGCAAGGGUACCAUGUUUCCAGUCUUCGUGGCACUUAACGUUUGAAGCGUGUAACCUCCUCCACUGCACACAAUGUUGCAGGCAAUGUUUGCAGCGUGUAGCGAGUCUACUGAAAAAUGCUGCGCGCAAAAUUUUGGGCAAUGUUGCACCAUGUUUUUAGUCCUCGUUUUACGUAAUGUUGAAGCGUGUAGCCACCUCCACUGAAAUAUGCUGUACUCAAUGUUGCAGAGCAAGUUAAAAACCACGUUUCCAGUUCUCAUUACACGUAAUGUUGCAGCAUGUUGCAACCUCCACUGAAACAAGCUGCGCACAAUAUUGGAGGCGAUGUUGAAACCAUGUUUCCGGUCCUCGUUGCUCGUAAUGAUGCAGCGUGUAGCCACCUCCACUGAAACAUGUUGUACGCAAUAUCGCAGGCAAUGUUGCAUCCUUUUUCCAGUCCUCUAUGUACCUAAUGCUGCAGCAUGUAGCAACCUCCACUGAAACACGUUGCCCAGAAUAUUGCAGGCAAUGUUGCGCCAUGUUUCCAGUCCUCGUUGCCCGCUAUAUUUCAACAUGUAGCUGGUCCAUUUAAACGUGGUGUACGCAGUAUUACAUGCAGUGUUAUGCCUUCUUUUCGGGUCUUAACACCUCCAAUUUGUAUGCAAUUUUAAAAUUGUUUUUAGAGGUGAUUUUCCUUUCCCCGUUGUUUCCCAUUGCCAAAUUGCAUUUUAUUUAACUUUUUUUCACUUAACAUUUUUGAAUUUUACUAAACGAGGCCUUGAUUGAGCGUCGUUAAAAAAUUUGAUUGAACGGGUGAACGUCGUUUAACGUUGUUCAAUGCUGCCUGUUGACUGAACCGUUUGAUUACAACUUUCUUGUGAAUAAACCUUCUUUCUUCCUCAUUUGACAUCGUGGCAAAACAAUUUCAACACGCUUUAAAAUUAUGCAGAAAAAUAAAUGACCAAUUCAGGAUUUUUUUUCACUCUCAGAGCCCAAGGUGAUACCACCCAUUGACCAAUUUAUCUCGGAGGACACAGUCCCUCCCAUUUGUUUGCCCGCCGCGGCUCAAGUUGUCCGUCUUGUCCCGGGCUCUAGCGUUCCAAAGAGCGAUAAUUCAAUACGGAAAGACGAAUCGGAAGAUGACGAUCCUCGAUACAUCAGGCCUCAAAGCCCGCUGGGAUACCUGGAGGUUGCGGAUGUUGGAAGAAGGUAGGUUUUAUACUUGAUCUUCUAUCUAUCGAUAUUUGCCGUUGUCACAAUGUUAACGUUUCUUUUCCAAACAAGCAAUUUAAAGUAAUUUAGCCAAAUUCAGCUAUUAGGAAAUGGCCACCAAAUUAAGUGAAAGUACAUUUAGGGCCUGUGUACACGGAGGUGGGAGACCCCAGGCAGGUGAGGUAACCAGCUUAGGUGGGGUAACCCGCCUGUCCAUAUUGUCUCUCAUUCUAAUUUGAUCACGUUUACAUGAUACGAGGGUUGACCUGCCGAGGUGGAUUGCCCGGUCUGCCUGGCCGGGUUACCCUCUUAUCCGGGGUUGGACUCGUGUUAUAUAAAAUUCGUGCCAACUGCCUUUGGCGAGGCUUUGAUCAUUAAAAGUGACAACAGAAAGCCAUAGCACUGACAGGUUGCAGCAAGAGCAGAAAGUGAGAGUAGAAGAGCACUAACCCCGAUAGCACGUCGUUUGCCAGGCAUUCAACAACAACAACAACAACAAGCUUUAUUUGCAUGACCAUACAAGUACAUACAGUAUUGCAAAAGCUAUUUAUAAUUAUGUUUUAGCAAUAAGAACUAAAAUUUAAUCACUGGCCAAUUAAACUACUUUGUUAAUACUCAAUAAUUCAAUAAUCUUGAGAAAGUGCACCCCGGGACGGCAAGGGUUGUUGCAUGUAAACGGGUGGUUUUUUUUACCCCACUUGAGCGAGUUACCUCACCUACCCAAGGUCCCCCACCUCUACGUAAACUGGGGCCGGUUUCUCGAAAGUCCCGGUAACUUUUCGGGCCCGAAAUCAAAUAUUCAAAUCGAAAUAUCAAGAAAAAAAGUGCCGGUCCUGGCUAGCAAACGACUGCAUUUGUUUCAUUAACGGAUAGUUUUAUCAUCUUAGAUGCCAAGAUAUUGAAACCUCUAUCUUGCAUGUAAACAACAACAGCUUUGCGGGCCCGUUAAUUAUCGGAACUUUCGAGAAACAGACACCAAACCCUUAAGUAAACACGACAGGUACAGAUAGACAUGGUUGAAGAGUAUUGAAAGAGAUUGCAAUUUAGGCUUUCGGAAACUAUAAAACACGUCUGUUUUUCAAAGGUUAUCACUGUUCUAGUCUGCGGUUAGCUUAAAGACGUGUGCACUUGUCAAAGUGUAAAUCUCUUACAUCAUUAUCAUUGCAGCUUGCCACUUAAAAUAAUGACGCACUGGAGACAUAUAUUAGUCAUACAGCCGUGAUUUUAGAAUUAAUGUCUUUACUUUUGGUAGUUUCAAGUAAGAAAUUAGCAAACCAGUCCUUUCCAGCAAACAAAUCUGAAACCAGAGAAUUUUUAUAUUUUUGCAGAUCUGUUCGUUACAUUCCAUUCCCAGGCCGUCAUGACCUGCUGCUAUACGCGCGUUUGGCGGGAAAACCAGUAGUCAUGGCACCCACGACCUACGAAGGCGUUGUAUCUGUGGACGCGACGGGCCGAGUAAGACAGUGGGAGACUGGUGUGUCGAAUCUCGUACGUUCAUUGGAGAAGUGGAAGGGACUAAUUGGCGAAGACUAUCAUGGGCCCUUACAAGUAUGUUCCUGGAGAUUUUCAGUCGCCAUCUGAAACCUGAGAUGGCUCGAAACAAAGCUUUUUAAAUCUAAAAUUGAUUUUUUUGUGAAGAUAGAAAGAUACUAGUACUGUUAUAUCAACAGGGUAGAUCACUUCGGCCAUGCGGAUAUCACUGGGGGCCUUUCAACAUUAAAGUAAUAAUAAUAUGACAACCUAAACUAAGUUAAUGCUGAAGGUAGGAUUUUUGCGGCCAAUGACAUGUUUUCACACCAACAUUUAUACCUCACCGUCUUUUCGACGAAUUUUGUACGCGUCGGGGUGGGAAGCAAGGGUAUGGCAGCGAUGAGAGCCGUCGCAACUUACCUGAGUAUGGCUCGGAGUCGUAUCCUGUAAGCAAUGCCAUAUGUGGAUUGACUUUGUUUUGGUUCUUUUUCUUACUCCGAGAGGGCUUUCGCUGGGUGCUCCGGUUUUAGCCUUGCCUCGUCCUGAAAAAAGAAAUCCUGAAAGCGCGCAAAAGUGAGUUCUUACAAGUUUUGUGGGCCAACAAAUCACAUUUACAUUUUUUUCUCCUUUUCUUGUCUCUAAGGUAAAUUAUUCCAGGGAAAGCGGAGAAGACGUCACCAGUCCGAAACAUGGCAAGGUAAGAUAUCUAUUGUGUAAGACGAGGAUCACUACAAGAACGAGAUUUUCUCAAUACGAAGUAGUGUGCGCGCGUGAACCAGCGUCAUUUUGGCGGGAGACGCAAUAGUUGUCGUCAUUCUACCGGGUGUUAGCGAAAAUGCCGUAGUGACGAAAACAAGCUAUCUAUAUUGUUUGAGGGCCACAAGUUUAUUAGCCUUGGGCUAAUUAGUGUUACACUCGUUAAAUAAAGGCAUUAUUAUUAUUAGUAGUAGUAGUAGUAGUAGUAGUAGUAUUGUUAAAGAAAGUAGAUGACUACGCUACAACCAUAUCUUGGAUAAGGGCGAAAGUAUCCUUUGCCAUCCUACGAUCAGCCUUGCUGUGUCUCAGAGGAACCAGGAUAAAGAGAAGAGCAGCCAAUAUAUCUGACAUUGACAUUACAUCGGAAAGUGCGCAAGCCAGAAUUUAAGUAGUAACUUUUUAUCAGUUUGAAUUAUUAUUUUUAGACAGUUUUAUUUUUUUAUUAACUUUUUGAUGCUUUUUAUAAUUGUCAUUGGUAGUUUUUAGAUAGUCAUUUUGCGACAAUUCUCUUUCGUACACAAGAAGAAUGUACAUAGGGUAUAUAUUUUAAUAUUCAUAUUCUUGAAUCUGUAAAUAGUCUAUUUUUUUAAAUCUAUGAAUAAAGUUUUACAUUAUUAUUUUUUAAAAAAAUUAUUAUUAUUAUUAUUAUUAUUAUUAUUAUGUCCGAAGAUUCUAGUUUAUCAUUUUGUAAUCGAGAGAGGGCUUAAUCUCCGUCAAUAAAAAUAACCAUGUUAACUUUUCUGAUGACAAAAAGUUAAAAUGAAGCUUUCCAGUGUGUCUACAUCUUGAGAAUACACGCCAGAAAACUUUAUCUCAAAGCUCUUCCGCGUCAGUAUUCGCUCUCGUCCUUGAUUCUAAAGGUCUCUAUUGUCUUUGCUAAAUCCCCUAUUGUGUUUCAGGUGGACCCAAAUAACGCCCCACACGUCGGAGGGAACACUUGGGCUGGGGGUACCGGGGGCCGAGAUACUGCCGGGCUUGGAGGCAAAGGCGGACCGUAUCGUCUGGACGCGGGGCAUGAUGUACAUCAGUUAUCGGAUGAAGAAAAGGACGCGGUGCCUGAUGACGUCAAGCGUGCCGCUCGCGAAAUGGGACGGCGUGCAUUUAAGCAGAGGUUAGAAACUACUCAUGGUUUAACACUGCAUUCUGUCUUCCUUUAGUACUCGUAGGAUGCAUUUACCAUAUCGUGAUGAGCUAACUGGUGUGCUUUUAUACUGGUGUGCCUUUUAUGAAGCAUAGGAGUAGUAAGGAUCAAAUGUUACGGAUAGGCGGAAAAAAGUGAAUGAUACCCUUAUCCUCCCCAACUUCCUGGGUCACGCUUUACCAACUGAUUGUUACUGCAUGAAACCCUUAACCACUGUCUCACAAGGAAUUAAGACCAUGCACCUGGCACCCCACUCGAUAGUGUGUUAAGAUUAAUUGCUUUGUAAAAGAAGGUGUAAAAGUCUUUUUAACGUAAACGUGUGGACUUUUCUAACGCCGUCUCUGCAAGAGCAUAAAAUGCAGAAGUUUCUAUGCGUUUAAAAGAACUUACUGGUGUGAUUAAGGGUGGAGUUCGGCUGUCGCGUAAUUUUCACGUGCGUAAAUAUAAAAUAUGAAAGGUGGCGCUUGAACGCAAGAGUUACACCUCGCUCAACUAAUCAAGAGUAAUUCCACCCAAUCGUUUGUUUUAUGUUAAUUAUAUCUGACGUUAGGUUGCGUGAAAUCCAGAUGAGCGAGUACGAUGCUGAAAUGUACGAGUCUUUCUCGUCACGUGUGCGACGCCAGGUCCAGUCCCUACGCGUCAUACUUGACAGUUUACAAGCGCGGGGAAAGGAACGAGUGUGGCUUCGAAACCAGACCUCGGGAGAGCUGGAUGAUGGGAAGUUGAUUGAGGGAUUGACAGGAGAAAGAGCGAUUUACAAGAAACGAGGAGAAGAAGAUCCAGAGGUAUCGUAUUUUAGUCUUUUCGUCGACUAGGUGUAGACUUAACUCAGUUGCUUCGUUGGUUUUUUUGUGCUAUGUUAGAUCAUGUGAUAGUCCCAAGGGGACAGUUUCUUUCACAGCGGGUCUCAUUUUGAUCGCACGUGUCUUAAUUUCCAAGAAAAGACAAAGGAUCAAUUUCCUGAAAAUGUCAUGUGAUUGGCGUAUAAGGCGAAUAAUACCUAUAGCAUUAAAGUGUUAUAUACACGUUCUUCAUGCUGUGGCGGAUCCAGCGGAGGGGACCGGGGGGGCCCGCCCUCCUUAUUUUUAGACCAACCUGAGGCCCGAAGGGCCGAAAAAAAUAUUUGAGACCCCCCUCCCUUAUCUGAAGGUCUAGAUCCCGCCACUGUUAUGGGCUAUGUUACACUGUUGUUAUCUUUUUAAAAUGCUAAAACUGUCUUCGCGUCAAUUGACUUCCCGAAAAAGGUACAGUUUUGUUAUUUCAGACUACAAUUAUUAGGUUUUGAAAUUAUUUUCUGUCGUCUGUUGCUCUCGGAUGGUAAAGAAGGACACGUAUUGAAAUUUGUAAAACGUUGGGCUAACUUUUUCAAGUUUUAGUGCUAUGGCUGCAAAAAUAGUAUAGUAAGGUUUAAUUUCAGAAUCAUCGCAAAUUAAUGAAUUACAAUGUUGUUACAAGAAUUCUAAAAACUAGGAUCACAAGCAAUUCGUAUAAAAACAGGGACUGGGUUACAAUAAUGAUAAUAAUAUCGAAUUACAAACAAUUCCAAAACGAUUUCUAAUAAAUAAAAAAAGAAAAUUGUCAUACAUGCAACCAUAUGAUCUAUGCAGGCUAAUGAUUAUUUAAAGGUAAGAUUGUACUUGGAAAGAAACUACGAAGUAGUCUUUCAGUCUUGCAUUUGGGCGUCGUAUAGUUCUCUGCAUUUCUCGUAUAAUGGUGAUGCAUACAAACCCUCGUCUUAGAAAGAUGUUUAGAGAGUGGGCCCCGUUUUGAGAAUCACCAAAAAAGAAUUGUCGUGUUACUGCUCCCUGAUAAAAUUUGUUUGUCAUCUUCUUCAUAACUCUGCAGGAGCGUUUUUGUACGGGUAAAGGUGCUAAGUGAUGAAUUCAGCACAGAAAUAAACAGCAAUAUCGUGGGGACGUAUCCCCUUUAACUCCAGAUUUGUCUUAAAGUGCAGGUUCUUUUACACUUACGGUCUCAUGUUUGUUUUUUGUCCACAAAUAUAUAACAAAUUUGAGCUGGCAUCAAACAACAGGCGAGUCAGUAAUCUUUUAUGUCUCAUCAUAUGAAUGAAAAUUUUCUAUUUUCAAGUUUAUGUUCGUUUUAUUUUAGCUUGGAACUCCUCAGCGUCUCCCUAAGCGCCUGCGAUUUGUGGUUGAUGUCAGCGGCAGCAUGUAUCGGUUUAACAGCUUAGAUGGAAGACUGGGGCGAAUGAUGGAGGCAGCUUGUCUUGUGAUGGAAGCAUUUCAUCAGUUUGACAACAAAAUUAAGGUGCCUGUUUUUUCCUAAUAUCAGCCAUCAGUAUUCUGUAUCCCGUUUUCGAUGUGUCAACGCUUUCGAAACGUUAAUACAUUUUUAAUUAUCAUCCCCAUCAUCAUCAUCAUCAUCAACAUCGUCAUCGUCAUCAUCAUCGUUAACAUCGUCAUCAUCAUCUUCAUGAAAAUAAUUAAAAUACCAAAUUUCUUUACAUUUUUUAGUUUGCAUGCUUUUUCAUCUAUUUUUUCUUUAACUAGUUACUUAUUCUAGUUUUAAAUUUCUGUCCUUAUUCAACGGUCAAUUACUUCUGAAAUUGUAUGAUGUUGGAAGAUACGAAACGUCAAGUUAAAGUGUUAUUUCUUUCCAAAAAUGCGUUUAUAUUUCCUUAUGUUUAUCACCGCAGUUUGCUUUUUGUUUCCUUUUUCCAUUAUUUCGCAAAAAAUGAAAAGCUGUUGGUGAUACAGGAAGAGUAUGAUGUUUUUCAGUCUUUCUCCUUUUCUCAUUUGACAGUUAUCGGUCCAACUGAAAACCCUCGAAAUAUUCACUUUUUACUCGAGAUUGUUUUUUCCUCUCAGUAUGAUAUCGUUGGCCACUCGGGUGAUUCUCCCGAAAUUCCGUUUGUCUCCCAUGAUGCACCCCCAAAGAGCAACAAGGAGCGCCUUGACAUCAUGAAACAGAUGCACGCACAUGCGCAGUACUGCUGGAGUGGCGAUCAUACGUUGGAAGCGACGGAUUUAGCAAUUUCCCGGAUCACCGAGCAGGAAGCAGACGACUAUUUUGUCGUUGUGCUCAGCGAUGCAAAUCUGGAACGGUAUGGCAUACCCGCAGAGGCUUUUGGGAAGGCGCUGACGUCAGAUGCACGAGUAAAUGCCUUCGCCAUUUUCAUUGGCUCGCUUGGUAACCAGGCAGACAGGUAAACAUUGUUGAAAGGACUUCUGAAGAAUCUUUAACAGUCGUUUUAACUAUUAAGCGUUCGUUCAUUCAUUCAUUCAUUCAUUCAUUCAUUCAUUCUUUUAAAUUCUCUCCUCUGUCUCAGGUUAGUAAAAAAGCUGCCUUCAGGGAGAGCGUUUGUCUGCAUGGACACUAAACAUCUUCCGCAAGUCUUACAACAGAUCUUUACUGCGGCCAUGCUGAAUUCAAGAUGACCAUCUAAACUAUUUAUUGUCAUAAGAAAGCGGAUUACAAAGCCUGAUGGCGCUGAAACCAAGUGGUCAUAACACAUGUAUUGGAUUACCGGAAGACCACUGAAUAGAAUGGCACUAUUGGCCAAAGCGAAAAAUACCAUAAUAUUCGAUAAAUUCCUGUUUCGGUGGUGCUUCAUGUAAACAAGUGAUCUUUGCAAGGUUGUUUGUUCUGUACACGAUUUGCACGUGCAAUGCAUCAGCUUCUCCUAAAUUUCCAUGCCCUGCAGGCGCAUUUCAUACAAGGAACAACACAUAAUUCAAAAGUCAGGUUUGCACGACGCACCAUCCAAACGGCAGCUUAACGAAUAGACCUUAUUCAGGAUACCCGCCAUCUUUGCACGGGCUUUAGGGUUGAUGAAAGAAAUGCAAUGUCACGUGGUAUUUCAGCGGGCAAACAAGGCAUAAAAGAUGCCAAUACGAGUAAGUGCGGUCGAGUUUGUUUAUUCUCUCAAAACAAGACGACUAUUUCAGUCAUGCAAAAUGUACAGUUCGAGUUUCGACAAUUUUUGCAUCAUUAUUGUUUGCUGUGCGAACGUCUACGGUCGCUACUGCAUUCAGUAGAGUAACACGUAUCGCUUCAACCCAAAAUUUGGUAUUAUCGUCUUUACAAGAAAACGUUCUUCAUUUUCCGUUGUCUAGGAUAAACAAACUCGUCCGCGAUUUCUUUUUUCGGCAGAUUUUAGCGCUUGUUUGCCCUAUGAGAAACAACGUGGCAUCGCUCUUUUCCUGUCGUCUUUAAGAGGCUGCAAAUAUGGCCGGUAUCGUGAAUAAGGUACAUUUAUAUACGUAUAUCUUUUUUUUACUGCUUUGAGCAAUUGUCGGCUUACAGCUGACGUCAUGUUGGACGCUAUCUUAUUGUUGGUUGACAAGAGCAAAAGUAGCCUGUUCCAGGCUCAAAGAAAGCGGCUUGAGAAAAUUUUGCGCGAAAACCGCGUGGGGGCUGGGAAGAGACGAGAAGGUGGAGCGUUUAAGCAUCAUUGUUGUCAAUGCCUCAUUCCGGUUACAAGCUCCUGGUAUACCCUGUGACUGGUCAAUUUUGACAGUUUACGUCAACACUUACGUCAAUCACUUGGGUUCGCGCGCAGGGUUAAACAAACGUGGCGAGCUUGUGAAACCCUAUUACACCGCACAUUUCCACAUUUUAACAUUUCUUUCUUUCCUUGUCUUUUGACACGAGAAACGGUUUUGUGGAAGUGGGCGGGGUAGCAGGCGGACUCAGUCAGCCUCGUCCCCAGUCGUCCUCUGCGAUUUCGGAUGUGACGUCACCUGUCAAGCUUGUCGAUCGCGCUCGGUUCCAAGCCUCCUCUGGUGAUUCGGAUAGCGCGAACUAGCCUGGAUACGAGGCUGGGACUGAGGUAUUCAAAAAGAUGGUUACAGGUUUUCCCCUCCUCUCUUCCCGCCGUUUAUUGCUCCCUCGCAUUUUCGCUGCUUGCCCUUUUUCGCUCGACUGCGCUGACCGAGAGUAUGCUGAAACUGACAUCAAUCUCUUUUGUUAUGCAAAUUCUGCGAUGUUUUGUCAAUCAGCGUGGUCGUUCUGUCAUGUCAGUGGUUGUAAACCAAGGAUAGUCAAUUCCUAGAUAAUUGCGGAUUUAAUGAAAUUACUAAAACCUUUGAUAAUUGGUUAUAGUACAACAAAUUCCUGUAAAUUAAAUAUUCUUAUUUUUUAGCGU